UUGGCACCAAUUACUCUUCAUGGGUGCUUUUGCGCCUCGCGUCGGAGCUGCUACAGAACUACAGCAAUUCUCGCUACUGAAUUAGAAAUUUUGACAGGAGAGAUACAUCGACUGCCAACCCUUCUCGCAAUAUCGCACACAGAGUGUCACAUCAUCAUUGUCCACGAAAAAAACAUGGGAAUGGUACAACGGGUACAGGAGGCUUCGUCGUUCCUAUCCCUCCCGGCCGAACUUCGAAAUCAGAUCUACGAAUAUGUCUUUCAGGGCUGGGUGAUCGCAAUCAGACCAAGCCUUCGACGACAAGAUAGCCUGGAGGCUGACUUCUGGCCAGUCACCACUGACCCUUACCAAACCACAGGGAGACAGGCAGUCCGUCGAGCCGACAAACCAUCCAACUUUUUUGCCUUACUGUACACCUGCCGACAGACUUAUGCAGAAGCGAGGCUUCUACCUUACAGCAUGAAUACGGCUUUGUGUGGGGAAAUGCCGUUUCCUCGCGCGUGGCUGGACGAUUUACAUGAGCAGCUGGCCCAGAUUCGUAGCCUACAGCUUUGCUCACACACACCAGCCAAUAUUACUCUGUCAAGGACGUGGCUGGAGGUUCUUCCAUGGUUCAGUCAUCUGAAGAAAAUUGAGGUCUACUGGCAACUGCGUGUGCCGCCAUGGGGAUCGGAAGAGGAGCACUUGUCAACAGCGACCAGGGAUGAGGCCGAGAUGAGGCAGAAGAUUAUCAAAGCUACUUCGGCCGCAUGUGACAUCAUCUUCCAUCGUGCUGUUGUCUGGGAAGGAUAGAAGGUUGUCCAGUGAGUGCGCCAUCGAAGACGACAGCGCUCCAUGCACUUGUCAAGUACGCCUCGAAGCCCAAGUCAGAAUGAAAGACCAGAUCUGCCAUCCGCCUGGAAGAAAGAACAUUGCAAAAGCUGGAGCGAUGCCUGUUGACGAUCAGGUUUGCUCACCACUCAAUGCGCACAGCCUGCGACAU